CCUUCUAUGAAACUUUUGGGCAGCGUUCCAAACCGCAUACUACAGUGUUAAAUAGCAUGUAAAACUGGUCCGAAAUGACAAGUCACUGUGCUGCACGGGGUGUAAGAUACUAGCCUUAUUCUAGCAUUGAAUUCUGGACCAUCACUUUUUAAAACUUUUUUAAAUAGAAUUGUCCUAAAUGGUAAAAUUAGGGAUGAUUGCAGUGGACAGACAUUUGUCCAGAAAAAAAAUUGUCUGUGUAUAUGGCCAAGUGUAUACAGUCCAUACAGACUUAAUCAGUGACCUAAAGUGAAUGUGUAUCCAUUUAUUCACUGAUAGAGAUUUCAAAGCACUUCUCUAAUUCACUCUGGAUAAGGAAGUCUGCCAAAUGUCGCAAAAGUAUAUUGUGUCCUUACAAAGACCCAUUUUAGACAGGGUGGUGAGAGUGGCAGGGAAUAUGGGCCAUUUAGGAACAAUAACAAUUCUUGCUACCUCUUUUACAAGAUUACAAAACUCCAAAAAUGUCCAAGGAUUUGAGAUCUAUUCUGAGUUACCAUAGCGUGAGAGAGAAAUGAUUCUUAAUGAAUCGAUUACUCUGACUCGCUCAAAAGAGUCGUUUGGAAAUGAACAGGAAGUUUGAAGCUUUAACAGUUGAGAAGACGAUAGUGUUAUCAAGGAAGAGAAAUAGAGAUAUUUCUAUUCUUCUUCUUCAACCUCUUCUUUUUUAUUUUGUAAUUUGACUUUUUUUCCCCUAUCAGAUCUUAAGAGGAGGAGGAGAGGAAGAAGAAGAAGAAGAAGAAGAAGAAGAAGAAAAAGUGAUCCAUACUGCAUCAUUUAGGGCUGAGGAAGAAGUGGAUCCAAGAAACAAAACUAGAGUUAUGAUUAAGAUGAACUCCAAAAUCAGAGAGAAACUGCAGCAGCAGCUGAGCGACUACAUCUGCGACACUCUUAAAUACACUGAAACUGUGAAUGAGUUUUGUGACAGAGAAUCAAAAUGGACCUUACAGAGAGAGACCGAGACCGAAAGGAUGAGAGACAUUAAAGACCGGGCCGAUCAAAUCACUCUGAGGUUUGAGCAUGUUCAGAAGACUGAGAACAAGACCAAAGCUUUUGGCCAAUACAUGCGCAAUAUCUUUACUCAGGUUACAGCAGAUUCCAGAAGGCAGGAGCUGGAGAAAGAGCUGGGAGAGGUUCUGGAGAAGACUUUAAAAGGCCUGGAGAAGCUCCAACACUUCCUGGAUGCAGUGGAGAAGCUCGCCGUCACAUCACUGUCUGUCUUCAGGGAUGAGAGCUUCAUGCCAAAAGGAGUGAGUUCCAUGUCCAUACGCUCAAUGAUCUCUGCAGCCAGAAUGGUGGCUCCACGCCUCGUCCACUUCAAGAGAGACGCAGGAGCAUUCUUCCUGCCGAGCCUCAGCAAUGUGGAAGUCCUGGCCAUCCAGCUGGAUAAACACAUCCAUGUCACUCAGCAGAUCUGUGAGAAGAUAGAAGAAGAAAAAUUUAAGGAGAUAUCAGGCUCUGAAGGUGUUCCUGAAUGGAAAAAUGGGAAGUCUUCACUGAAAUUUAAUUUGAACAUGACUGAGGAGUCUGUGCAGAAACUCCAUGAUCAUUUACUCCAGCUAACCAAAAUCAGGAUGGACGAGUCGUUCAGGCUGAAUUUCCUGUUCAAUAUGAAGGCACAAGACUUCAUUAAGUUAUUCAGUGAGUGUCACCCCAGAAUGCUUCAGUUCCUGUCUGAUUUAGAUGAAGCUGCAGAUCAGCUGGACAACAUGAAGAAGGGCUCCAACAUCUCCACUGUGGCUGGAAGUUCAGUUGGUAUUGCAGGAGGUGUUUUGUCCAUCGUAGGUAUAGCUCUCUCUCCCGUUACUGCAGGAGUAUCUUUGGCUCUCACACUCACAGGUGUUGGUCUCGGAGUCACCAGUGGCGUCAACAGCAUCGUUACAGGCAUUACUGAAGUGGCAGUCAACAAUCAUCAUGGAAAAAACGCCAACAGCAUCUUCACUAGCUUUAUGAAAGAUGUGCAGAAAAUCCUAGAUUGUUUGGAAGAGGUGGCCAGCACUGAGAAUCUCAGAGCAGAUGAUGGUUUAAUAGCUAAAGCUGUAAAACUGGUUGCAUGUGCUGGAGCUGUAGGAAAAAGUAUUGAUGCUAUUGUAGAUACAGCUUCAGCUGUAAAAGCUCUGAAAAGUGAGGAAGUGAUUGGAAGGGCAGUUAGUAUGGGGCUUCAGGAAGCUAACGCAGGUCGGAGCAUCCCAAAACUGGCUUCAGAUCUUCCUGACAUUGGGCAGCUGGCUAAAGGAACUCCUCUGGCCCUUUCAAAGUCAGCCAGAGCAGGGUUCAUAACUUUAAAUGCUCUCUUUAUUGGUCUGGAUGUGUUUUUAAUCUGUAAAGACAGUAUCAGUCUGUCCAAAGGAAGCAAAAAUGAAGUGGCUCAGCUCAUUCGCUCCAGAUCAGUUCUGUGGCGCUCAGAGGUGAAGGCCUGGGAGAAGAUUCAUGAUCAUCUGUGUGAAGGAAGCACAGGGUUUGACAAGAAUCAGAAAAUUCUAGAGCAGGAUUUAAGCUUUUAAAGAAUGAAUUUGACCAAAAUAUUGACCUGCAGCGAGCGUGAUUACAGUCUUUAAACAAUAAGCAGUAAAAAGUAAAAAGUUAAUGCUGUUAACAGAAUGAAUCAAACAGAAUAAAGUCUUUCACAUUCUGUACUCAGUUCAUUAUUUUCGUGCUGCUUCUGCUUCACUGUCCUGAACUGCACUGGGUCUGAAUCAUUAUCUGUUUCAUUUGAGAUUUUCUGCUCAUACAGUGGCUUCAUUUCUAUUGUUUAAAUAGACAUUUAUAAAGCUUUUUAUCUCUCAUACUAUUAAUAUACAUCUCUCAUACUAUGAUUAUGCAUUAAAGAGUCGCAAAUUGU